AACUGGAGCUCUGUUUGGGAUACAUUCAUCACUGGGAAUAACCUCCGUUUAUUUUUAUAUAUUUUUUAUUACAGUCCUUCUUUCUGGCUCCUGUCAACCUGCGCGCGCGUUGCGCGUCAUUUACGCUCAGCGGAGACUCCAUCGGUCCACAUCGCGCCUUGUGGAAGCAGUGAAGUGCCCCGUGGAGGUCUCGCGCCCCGUGGAGGUCUCGCGCCCCGUGGAGGUCUCGCGCCCCGUGGAGGAUCCUCUCGGCUUCAUGGGAUCGUUCUCGACGGAGAGGCUUUGUUUUCAAUAGGAACAACACCAUGAGUUCCAGUGCUUACCGCCAAGGCUCUGCGGCGAGCGAGCGAAGUUCUGGACUCAUCCGCUGCCAGCGCUGCCGGGAAGUAUGCAAAGGAGAGGUGGUCCGGGUCCAGGAGACCCACUUCCACGUGAAGUGUUUCACCUGCACAGUGUGUAACUGCGACCUGGCGCGCUCCGGCUUCUUCCAGAAGAAGGGCGAGUACGUCUGCACGGCGGACUACCAGCGUCUGUACGGCACGCGCUGCGACCGCUGCGACGGCUUCAUCACGGGGGAGGUGGUGUCCGCCCUGGGACGCACGUACCACCCCAGGUGCUUCGUCUGCAGCGUCUGCAGUAAACCCUUCCCCAUCGGAGACAGGGUGACGUUCAGUGGGAAGGACUGCGUGUGCCAGCAGUGUUCUCGCUCGCUCGUCGAGCUCAAAGAACCAAUCAAGAUCCACGGGCCGAGCCACUGUGCCGGCUGCAGAGCUGAGAUCAAGCAGGGUCAGUCCCUGCUGGCGCUGGAGAAGCAGUGGCACGUCGGCUGCUUCCGAUGCCGGACCUGCACCAUGGUGCUGACGGGGGAGUACAUCAGCAAGGACGGCGUGCCGUACUGCGAGGCGGACUACCACGCCCAGUACGGGGUGAAGUGCGAGACGUGCAGCCGCUACAUCAGCGGCAGGGUUCUGGAGGCGGGGGGGAAUCACUACCAUCCGGCCUGCGCUCGCUGCUCUCGCUGCAACACGACGUUCAAAGAGGGAGAAGAGAUGUACCUGACAGGAAGUGAGGUGUGGCACCCGUUCUGCAAGCAGGCAGCGCGGGCCGAGAGGAGACUCCGGCACAGACGUCUCUCAGAGGCCUCCCUCUCUCCACCGGGCUCUUCCAUUGGCUCUCCCAGUCGGGUCACAUGUGCCAGAGUGAAGACUCAGUUCCUAGAUUAUGAGGCCCUGGCCGCUCUGCCAAAGGUCAAGUCCAUUUACGAGGUCGAGCAGCCGGACCUCAUGUCCUCCUCACACCACAGACACACGCCUGAUGACAGGCUAGACACGUACGGCUGUGAGGAGUCACUCGGGACUCUCUCUCCCUAUUCUCAGGACUCCGACAGCCUGGAGGUGAAGCAGCGCCGCUGCUCCAGUCCCGGUUACAUCGACUCGCCGACGCACUACGCCUACCCCGGCUCUGAGAGUGGGCGGAGCUCCCCUUAUUACGGCCAAGAGGGGCGGUCAAGCACACCCACCACAAACCAGCCCCCUAAACAUUUUCAUGUGCCAGCCGCGGGGGACCCCAACAUCUACAAGAAGCCUCCCAUCUAUACGAGAACGGCCACCAAGAGCCGGACCAGUGAGGACCUCCUCAGGUCCUCCAGGCUGUCCACAUACUCGCCUGAGCCCAACACCCAGUCCGAGUCCGACUACACACACACACACACACACAGCCUCUCAGCCUAUCGGGUGCCGAGGAGACGCUUCUCCACGGGAGGAGACGAGGACAGUUGGAGUCCCGGCCUUCAGAGAAUCGGGAGUGGCAUCGGGAGGUUGAUCCUGAAGGAGGAGAUGAAAGCCAGAUCUGGUUCCUAUGACAACGACCCCUGGGGAAGCGCCAGGAAUUCUCGCAGCGGGAGCAAAGAGACGCUCAACACCACCGGCUCCGGCACCCAGGCGUACAGCAACACCGUCAACGGCUCUCCAAGAUCUCUGUACAGCGCUGAUAGCGAUUUUGUCAGUAAGUCCGCCUCGCUGCCGGGAUACGGACGCAACGGCAUCCAGAGGCCUCAGAGUGCUGAUUGCUACCAGUAUGGCAGUGGCAGUGAGGUCAACUGGGGAAGCAGAGCUGAAUACACGAUUUACCCCUACGAGGCGCUCAUUGUCACCACCAGGGGGCGCAACAGGCUGCCCAAAGAGGCAGACAGAGCCAGACUGGAGCGUCACCUGUCCCCAGAGGAGUUCCUGCAGGUGUUCAGCAUGACUGUGGAGGAUUUUGACCGGCUGGCUCUGUGGAAGAAAAACGACCUCAAGAAGCAGGCACGACUGUUUUAAUAACUUCAGGACGUCCGGCGAAUACACACGGCCGUAACCUGGAGCGAGAGAAAAGAGACAUCCGGACGUGUUGCUCGAUGUCACUGCCGAUGGCUGAGGACCUGUUCCACGUCUCCUCGGAGGCGAGGCCGCGGAGGCGUUACGCACAGACGGACUGUCGCUGUGCAGCGUCGGCAAUAGAGAGCGUAGUACAUGACGGUGCUGGACGGGUGGAGGCAUCGGGUGGAGGCAUCGGGAGGGGACGACCAGAGCCGCAGCACUGGAACGUAAACAGGAGAAUUUUAGCUUUGCCUUAUUAGUUAUGCUCUCUUCGUUAUGAGUGUGCAGCACCAGCAAUCUGAAUGAGUAGAGUGAAGAUGCCGUAUAUAAAUAUAGCAUUUAUGACACUUUAUCAGCGUGAAUGAUUAGAUGAGGAACAAUGGGAGUGAGCAUCACUUUGCUUUUGGUUUAUAAGGAUGCGUUUUGUUUACCCUGUCACCCGACACACCGGCUCCCUCUGGUUUACACUCAUACACAACGGAACAUGACACAACUUCUUCUUCUCUUUUUUUUGGUGAGAAUGCAGAUUAUACAGAUUUAGCAGAUUACUUCCAUGUGAUGUUCUGGUUAAAUAGUUGAAUAUAGAUACAGUUCACUGUGCAGCUGUAUGGUAAAAAAAACCUAAAAGGAGGUGCAAUCCAGUAGAUGAAGUCGAGGCAGUCCUCCUGCUCCACGUGGUCCAGCUCAUCGCAAUAGAACGAUGACUCGAUGUUUUAGGACGAGGACUCGUCAUCCGUACGUUUAUUGAUUCUCUUUCAGAAUGAUAAUCCAAUAAUUUUGUAGAUACAGAGAUUAUAUUCACUCACAAUGAAACACUCUGCAAGGUAUUUAACACGUACUGACGAAGAUCCAGGGCUGUCGAAGACUUUACUUCCUUUGAAUACUGUUCAUUUUGUCACUAAAAAUUAAAAUGUAAACAAAUUCUGUCAUUAUAA